AUGAUUUAAUACAAUUAAUUACUUAAUUAAAAUCAACCAACUAUUCACUAAUAACAUAUUUAAAAAAUAAAUUUCAGUCUUUUCAACACUCAUAUAUAAAUCCAAAUGGUAAAAUUCCAUUUCAACUUUCUUAUUAACUUCAAUUUUUAUUUUACUAUAAAUUCUUAUAUGAUCUUUCCUUAAAAUAUGUCAUUCAUUUCCAAUUAUUUUUUAUAAACAUCUCUAAUUAUUUAUUGUGAAGCUCAAUAUUCCUCAAUUUUAUUCCCUUCUUUUACUAACUCAUCCUUCUUUAUCAUUUAAUACCUUAAAUGCGAUCAUUUCAAUUGUUAUUAUAUGAAAGGCAUCAAUUAAUAUAAUUUCAAAUUUUAACCAUUUCUAAUGGGGAAUUAUUACCCUAUUCAUUUCAUUAUGCUCAAAUAUUGUUAAUAAUUAACCUAUAUUUGA